AUUUGAGAUCCUUUAUUUCAUGGAUUCAACUGUGGGAAAAGAGGAUUGAUUCUUUGCCCAACAAAAGAAUACACAGAUAACACUGGCUUAGACUGAAGAUAAGAGCUCUGAUUAACAGGCGGCCAGGAGGGGGCCAGUCUCCUCUUUGAAAGCAGCAAUUCAAACCAGAAAUUUGUUCCUGUCAAACCAGGAAGGAACAGGCGAGAUGACUCCAUCUGACCCUAUAAUGAGGCAGCCUGAGGCACUGACAAAGGAGGGGCUCGGCCGGGGGCUACACAGUGAGACAAAGCGGAGCCAGAGCCGAACCGGAACCCCACGUGCAGUUUUUGAUCUCCCAUCAAGUCGAGCCGGGUCUGCAAAUCCAAGCUGAUGGCCUUGGGCGGAAAGCUCGGACUACUGUUUUACUCCGACGCAACCUAAGGCUCCUCUCCUCCACCCACUGGGUCUGGAGUCCCCACCUCCUCUAGCCUCGGGGCAUGGGGAAGAUUGUUCCCCCUCGAGCCUCCAGGGGUCUGCAAGGUCGUCAAGCACCACGGAGGCCGCUCUCGCCCCGCUUCUCAACGGUCCUGUUUCUGAGGCGGUUCAGCUUCGCCACCUGCCACCCCGUGUCUCUGUGUGAUCCUUCUUGUGCAGCCAGCAAAUGACACCUCUUCUACGGGAUGCUGGGCCCACAUCCCCGUGCCCUUGUCGCAGUUCACCUCUCCGCUACCCCCAAAUACGCCUACACCCCCACUUCCUUUCGCUGAUUGCCGUCCUUCCGGCUGGGCUCCCUUCUAAUUGGCUGCCGGCAAGCUUCCUAAGGGACUCGGCCACUCGGAGGGCGCCACAGCGGCCACUCUAGCCGCUGUCCCGUGGUUUGGCCUCCCUCUUUCAGCCGCGAGCUCUAUGGUGCUGGCGACGACAUGUGGCGGCUGCCGGGACUCCUGGGCCGAGCUCUUCCCCGUCUCCUGGGACCUGGCUUUCCUGGGGUGACCCCCAAGUCCUCCAGCCCAGAUGGGCCUCAGGCUACCUCCUCCAAUCUGCUGGUUCCUGUGCCCAGUUUUGACAGGUCCAGCCCCCACUGCCCUGGCCCAGGCACAAGCAGGGGCCCAAAGUCCCAUGGAUGGAAGGAUGCCUUCCAGUGGAUGUCUGCUCAUGGCUCCCGGAACACACUGUGGGAUGCCAUAUCAUGGGGCACUCUGGCCGUGUUGGCCCUGCAGCUGGCGAGGCAGAUCCACUUCCAGACGUCCCUUCCAGCAGGACCUUGGCGAGUGGAGCGCUGCUCUUGGUACAGUCCGCUGGACCGCUUCCUCUCAUCUCCCUUGAGGCACCCUUGUUCCUCACUGCGGAGACACAUUCUGCCUAGCUCUGAUAGCCCAGCUCCCAGGCACACUGGCCUCGGGGAAUGCAGACUGGGCCAGGAAGAACCUUCCACUCAGCCCAAGAGCAUCUCUUCACCCAGCUCUUUGAGAGCAGCUAGGCAUCAGGACCCCUCUGAGGAAGAUCCCAGUGACAUCAGCUUCCUGCAUGCCAGCAGUAGCUUCAAGUCCAAGCCGAAGCCGGCCCAACCUCAACCCACUGACGAAAAGCAGGAACAAGAGAAAUCAAAACUUUCCCUCGAGGAGGCCGUGACCUCCAUUCAGCAGCUCUUCCAGCUCAGUGUUUCCAUCGCUUUCAACUUCCUAGGGACAGAGAACAUGAAGAAUGGGGACUACAUGGCAGCCUUUUCUUACUUCCAGAAAGCAGCGGACCGCGGCUACAGCAAAGCACAGUACAACGUGGGCUUGUGUCACGAGCAUGGCAGGGGCACCCCCAGGGACCCCAGCAAGGCAGCCUUUUAUUACCAAUUGGCUGCCAGCCAGGGCCACAACCUUGCUCAGUACCGUUAUGCAAGGUGCCUGCUACAAGACCCUGGCUCCUCGUGGGACCAUGAGCGGCAGAGGGCAGUGUCCAUGCUGAAGCGGGCUGCAGACUCAGGCUUACGGGAGGCCCAAGCUUUCCUCGGGGUGCUUUUUACCAAGGAGCCCUACGUGGAUGAGCAGAGAGCUGUGAAAUAUCUUUGGCUUGCAGCCAACAAUGGGGACUCACAGAGCAGAUACCACUUGGGAAUUUGCUAUGAGAAGGGCCUUGGGGUACAGAGGAGUCUGGGAGAGGCCAUGAGAUGUUACCAGCAGUCAGCAGCUCUGGGGAACACGCCCGCCCAGGAGAGGCUGCGGGCCCUCUUCUCCACGGAGGCAGCAGGAUAUCUUUUCUUGGUGGGUUCCCACGUCCUCCUGUCGAUGAUUGUUCAACAGCUAGUUAUUGGUACUCUCACAGGAGGAGAUGAGGCCCCAGGGCCCAGCGACCUAGCAGUGAGAGGACUGAAGUCGUUUUCUAGCCCCUCUCUCUGCAGCCUGAACAGGAGCCUGCUGGCAGGAGCCUCUUGCCUGCCACACGCCUCCAGCACAGGGAACCUUGGCCUCCUCUGUAGAAGCGGGCAUCUCCGAGCCAGCCCUGGAGCCCCCAGCAGGGCCAUCCCCCGACACCCCUACCCCUUGGAAAGGAGUCUCGUCAGACUGGGUUUUGGCUAAGGCCUCCACACUUCACUCAGCCCUAAAGAUGGAGCCUGCGAGUUCUCAGAGAGAUACCACAUCUUGAAUCCCAAAGAAGAGGCCAGUUAUCCACCUGCCUCCCCAAAGAACCUUAAGUACCUGGCCAGCACAGUCAAGAAGAGGGAAGUGUAUAAAGACCCAGGUUCUGGCCACAUCCCUUCGAAGCAGUGGCCUGACUCACUGUGUUGUUUCCUCAACUAUAGACCAAGGGCAGCGGUGUCUGCCCUCCUACCCGCCAGGGCUGAGGUGGGACAUUUCACUGCGAAAGGCCCUUGGUGCACACUCAGGCCCGAGGAGGCAGAGUUAUGCCCUGUUUCCAUGGGUUUGUGAGUCAUCAGGCCAGGACUAGGAUCCUGCCUCUUGACCCCUGGCCCAGGGCUCUUUCGCACAGUUCUCACUGAAAUUUUAUGUGAAAGCCUUAUUUUCGUCCUGCCGACAGGAGGGAGAUUGAGCCCCAGGAGUCUUGGUACCAGAGAGUGUAGAUUUCGAGAUCCUCGUUUGUGAAAGGUUUGUGCCAGAAAUGGAUGGGAGUUUAAUAAAAGAGAUACUGGAGAUUA